AUGUAUCGAAUUUCUUCUGAGAAUUUUCAGAUGCGCUACGUACGCAGGAAUUCCAGCGAUAUGAUGGUUGGUACAAUAAUCUGGCGAACCGUGACUGGGGAAGCGCCGGUGAGCGGGAGCCGACUUCAUCGUGAUUCCCCGUCAAACUACGAGGAUGGCGUCUACAUGAUGAAUCUCUCGUUGCCAUCAGCUCGAGUUCUAUCUGAGCUUGUCUUCAAAGGACCGUCUGGAAUCCGCAAUGCGCGCAACAUGACUUCCAUGUUCGCAUUUUUCAGUCAAGUGGUCGCCUAUGAAAUUGUGGGCUCGACGCAAACCAGUUGUCCACUGGAAAUCAUGAAAAUUCCAGUUCCACCUGGAGACCCGGUUUACGAUAUCGAUGGCACGGGAACCGAAAUCCCGUUCACGCGCGCGAAAUACGACAAGGAGUCCGGGCAGGGUUUUAACUCUCCCAGAGAGCAGGUUAACGAGCGAACAGCCUGGAUCGAUGGCUCCUUCGUAUACAGCGUCAUGGAGGCUUGGGUGGCAACUAUGCGAUCGUUUCAGAACGGUACCCUCAGGGAAGGCAGUCAGAAACGGUUCGUUAAACCACAGUUCCCUGUAAUCUACCGGUUGAGCUAUGCUGUUGUUUCCAGAUAUCCACCUCUAAACAAUCCGCACAUCCCAUUGAACAAUCCGCCACCUCCACAAAUUCAUCGCCUUAUGAAUCCCGACCGUCUGUUUCUUCUCGGCGACUCGCGAGUGAAUGAGAAUCCAGGUCUGCUAUCGUUUGGUAUCAUUCUGUACAGAUGGCAUAACAUUAUGGCGGAAAGAAUGCAGAAGGCGCAUCCAGAAUGGACUGAUGAAGAGCUCUUUCAAGCCGCUAGACGAUGGCUCAUCGCUACUCUUCAGAAAAUCAUUUUUUACGAUUUCCUUCCGGCUCUGAUCAAUGAGGAAGUGAAGCCUUAUACAAAGUACAUGCCACAUGUGCCUCCCGGCAUUUCACAUACAUUUGCUGCUGCCGCUUUCCGAUUUCCGCACAGCAUUGUACCACCGGCAAUGCUUCUUCGAAAAAAUGUGGACGGCUGUGAGUUUCGUGACGAGGUUGGCGGUUUUCCGGCUCUCCGUCUCUGUCAGAACUGGUGGAACGCACAGGAUAUCGUUCAAGAAUACACAGUGGAUGAAAUCAUUCUCGGAAUGGCUUGCCAUCUUGUCGUGUGGAGAUUUACCGAGAACGAGCGCAUACAUUAUACAAACGUGUACGAAAAAAAGGUGUUUACAGUGUUAAUGUUUACAGACUUUAUCUUUGGUCCAAUGCACUUCACGCGUUUGGAUGUGGUCGCUUCGUCCAUCAUGCGAGGACGUGACAAUGGUCUGCCAUCGUACAAUGUUCUGAGAAAAACGUUCAAUCUCCCGGCGAAGACAUGGGACACGAUCAACCCAAAACUCUACAAAACCAACAGAACGAUGUUCGACAAACUAGAAAAACUUUACGGCAGCAUUGACUAUUUGGACGCUUAUGUUGGAGGAAUGCUCGAGGUGGAUAAUGGACCAGGCGAAUUGUUCAAGGCGAUCAUCAAGGACCAAUUCGAAAGGCUUCGAGACUCAGACAGCGACGAGGAAAUUAAGCAGAUUCACAACACCACUCUGAGGGACAUUAUCCGCGACACGACCGCAAUAUCAGACCAAUGGCUGCAGAAAGACGUAUUCUUUUUCAAAGAAGGUGAUCCAUGCCCUCAACCGUUCCAAGUCAACGUCACAGGACUUGAGGAGUGUGUUCCGUUCAUGAGAUUCGACCAUUUCACCGGAAAUGAAGUCACCUAUAUCUUCACUCUCAUCGGACUCGGAUGUAUCCCGCUAAUCUGCUUUGGCAUCGGCUAUGUACUGGUUCAAAGACGUCGCCGAAUGGGAUGGGACAGCUCGUUUGACGACCUCUCCGCCACGGCCAUCGACGAUGAUGCUCCACAAGAUCGCUACCACAUUCAAGCUUUCGAGUGGCUUCAAGAAUGUUAUGUGCGUCAAGUGAUCGUCGAGUUUUCACCUGGUACUUUAACGCUUCGAAAACCACGCGGACCGAUUCUGAGGAAAAUGAUUUUCCCAGGAGAAUGCUCAGGUGACUUUUUUAUGGAAGUUUUGGGAAUCCGUUGUACCGCAGCAUAUAACGAGCUCGUGACUCAGUACGAACUUGCGCAGGCGAUGGGUAUGAGGGAAACGGACAUUUUUGUCCAACGAAUGUUCGCUGUCACGACACAUUCCGAUAGCGACGUCAUCACGUUCGCAGAAUUCCUUGAAGUUCUCAGGAAGUUCAGUGAAGGUAACUUUCUACUUAUUGUCCAACCAACACCUGCUGUAACCAUGGCUUAA